AUGACAUCGUGUUGUGUUUGUCACGAACGUGUGUUUAUCGCAGAAUGUGUAACAUUCAAUGAGAAAGUAUAUCACAAAACUUGCUUCAGAUGUAAACAUUGUGGAGUAUUGCUACGCUUAAAUAUUGCUCGAAGUUUCAACAAAGAACCUUACUGCAAUCAACAUUCUCCUCAAACGGCUAAACCAGUUGAAGUGAUAAUCAAUAAUUCGGAAAAUCAUGAAAUAACAGAUGCGCCUCCAGAGAAACCACCGCAAUUGAAUACAUCCGAAUUAGACAAGGAUAAAGCCACAUCGUCUGUAGACGUAUCUUCGGAGUUGAAUGAUAGACAGGCUACACUUGCAACUGGUUAUGAUGCUUUUCAAGCUCAAGUUGAGCUAGCAGCUCAACACUUCACAGUCGAUCCUAUCACACAACAAAAGAUUUUUCGUAUGUUCAGCGAAUUCAAUAUUAUCGUAUGUGGUCCAGCUCGUGUUGGAAAAUCAUCUCUAAUCAAUGCGAUAUGUGGUCGAAAACUUGCUCAAAGUAAUCCAGGUUUAGACUCGUGCACAAAAGCAGUAUCACGGUUUGUACUUAAUGAACGAGUUCAAGUUAAUGAGGAGUGUAUGACAUAUACCUAUAACUUCUGGGAUACUCCUGGAUUCGAAUCGUGGAAUGAAAAUGACAUUCGCACAAAUUUUUCGAAUAUUAUGAAGAAACCUAAAUCGGAUCCUUUGUGCUUGAUCUAUUGUGCUUCACCAAGUUGCUUUGCCGAUACGAAACAAGUAAAAUGGAUUUUAGACUUCUGUGUUUUAGAGAGAAAAAUACUCUGCGCUCUAGUAGUAACAAACAAAUGGGCUGGUCAGAAAGAACAACGUACGGCCGUUCUGCAAAAAUAUAAAGAGCUUUUAUCUGAUUAUCAUUUACAGACAAGUGAAGAUGAAAAUGGAAUAGUCUAUUUCGGAAAUGUCGCUCUUUGCACCAUGGUCAAUUCUCAAAGUUAUAUUGAUGAAGAUCAAGCUAUUAAUUAUCCACCCACGGGUGUAGAUGCAUUAAUCGAAGGAAUUAUGAAUUGUUUAGAGGAUGAUGGCAAAGUAUUUCAUUGGUGCAUGGCAGCAAUACAAAGAAAGGGAAUCAUAAAUAAUGUAGUUCGAAGUAUAAAAGCUGGUGCAAUCAAUGUGAAAGAAUUCUUGGCAAGCUUACUUAACAACCGUAAGAAUGCAAAAUGA